GUUACGGUCGGCCUUUGCCGGUUCGCGCUGAUGAUCGCGAGUCCAGUGCCGACACGAUGCGGUGGCGGGCGCGAGCGGCGCCUUCCCGCGCGAAAGAGCGCGCCAACAUCAGCUUCUUCAUAUUCAUCAUGUUCUUUGCUGUAUUCGGUGUAAUAGUUCUUACUGAACUGUUGUUGCUCGAGCGACCCACGCCUGGAUCCACGAGAUCUCGUUACAGUGACGACCUACAGGGCUGGGAGGGUCGAACGGAGACAGGAGGCGAAGGUGCGGAACCCCCACCUCCGGCACAUGCGCCCUUGGACGCCGUGUGGCAGCCUGUAGCGGGCACUAGGUUUCGAUUUUACGUCUAUUCGGCGUACGUGGAACGGCGGACUGUAGCGGCCGUGCGGGUGAUCGCAGCUACAAAAACGCGCGGCGCGGACCCCGUCAUGUGUCGCUUGUGGAUGGCGGAUAACCGCACCAUAUCGCUCAAGGCGAGGGUUAAGCCUAUCCGUGAAAACUGGAACCUGAAAUACAGCGCAACAUACGUGCUAUGCCUACUAAGGGACUCCGGAGUGAAGCCACAGGACACUGUCGGCGCUUCUAUAUCGAUUGUCGCGAGCACAGCACCGAACCGACCGCCCACCAACCUGCUCACGAUACGAGACACUGAACCCAAGAAUGGCAUUGAGGAAACGCUGCACGUAUGCGUGAAACCAUUUCACUUUUCAUACUCGCGAGAUGAAUGGCUUAUAGAAUGGUUUGAGCUGAACCGACUCCUCGGCGCCAGUCACUUCUACAUGUACAACGAGUCGCUGAGCGUACAAGUGGCUUGCUUAUUGGAGCAUUAUAGGAAACAGGGUCUGGUUACGUUGCUGCCGUGGAAACUACCCAUCGUUACUAAAGUGGAAAUCAGGACAGAGGGACAGUUCGCAGCGUUUAACGACUGCCUGUACCGGUCUAUGGCCACAGCGGGCUGGCUUCUAGUUAUAGACGUUGACGAGAUCAUCUUACCGCGGCGCGAACGGACCUUGACAGCAUUACUGACGUCUAUGAGAGCUUCUUAUAACCCACAAUCGAAGGCGCCAUCCGCUUUUCUGUUCAGAAACGCCUUCUUUUACUUACGAUGGGAGGAUGACCCAGAAGCCCCGGCGCCAUUAGUAACAUCACGUAAAACUAGAAGAUGGGCGGCGCCGCACGCUCUGAAGAAUCGCAGCAAAUACGCGUUGCGACCGCGGGAAGCUGUCGAGCUCGGGAACCACUUUGUAUGGGAAUUGGCGCCCGGGGCCACCUCGAUAGGCGUUCCCACUGAUAGGGCGCUGUUACAUCACUAUAGGAUCGCGUGCGAAUAUGGCGGAAUGCAAUGCCUCACCGUGCCAUCGACUGUUGACCGCACUGCGCAUAGAUGGGCCGACGAGCUGAUGCAGAGAGUUACAUCUGAGAAGGAACAGUUAGCCAGAGUGUGCCCCGCAUAAGUCCCUGAUCCAAAAGAAUUGUGUGUUCCACUAUGCCAGUUACUUCGCGUCACGAUCUGGAAUAGCGCAUUGCUUACGUGUAUCGUGUUAUUCCGAAAAUUUAUCUGUGAACAAAUAGAAAAUAAUUUGUUAUAUUAUAAAUGCGAAAGUGGGCUUGUUUGUUUGUUUGUCCUUACUUAACGCCCUAAGCACGCAAACGACUUGGUUUUAUGCAUAGGCUUAGUUAAAAGGACGGAAAAUAACAUAGGCUACUUUUUAUCCCAUACCAAAACCGUAAUAAACGCGGAAGAAGAUCGCGGGCAACAGUUAUAUUUGUGAUAUCUCUUAAGUCUCCUUUUUGUCACGACCUUUCAUGCUAUCUCAUUCGCACUAUAUUCGCACGCCGUAUAUUGUGAUAGAAAGAGGUAGCGCGACAUCGGGUGCCAUCUUUAAUUGCACGGGUUAUAUGAAAUUGCCAAAUCAUUUAAAUGAAUUACCAGGCUAUCAUAAGUGAAUAGAAUAACUGUUCAAUAGUUCAAUGUUGCCAGUUUGCUUUCUAUCAAUUAAUGUGAAAUAAUUGUCUUACAAGCACGGCUAGAAUAGGCAGGAGACAAAAAAUAUAUCCAAAGAUUAUAAGGAAUAAAAUUAACGUGUCCACCUGCCAAAGCAGAACAAUACGAAAACGGAGAAGUUUACCCCCGUUUCAUAUUACACCAAUCUUAUUUUGAUAUUAUUUCCAUUCGUUCGCCCAUGCACAUUUUGUCUUUUUCCCGUGAAAAAAUGUUUCCUGCUUUUUACGUUUGUUUAACAGAUAAAACCAUUAUGAAAACAUUUACUUAAGAAAUACCAUUAAAAUAACAUACAACAUAGAUAAACCGAUACAAUGCCCCAAUAUCAUACCAUUAAAUCUUAGAGGACCACUGAACUCAACAUAUAAAUUUUAUAAAACUAAAUAAGUACAUUACAAUCAAGUUAGGUAACUAUGCUUUUGUAAUAAUAUCCACUUUGAGAGUCAAUAGAAAAUGGCAUAGUUUCGUAUUUUUAGUAAAUACAUUGUAACCAACGUCUUAAUAAUUAUUACCCUUUGUUACCAUUAACUGUCUGUUCUUAUGAUACCUGAAAUCCAUAGAAUACAGAAGUUUAUAUCAUUUCAUUACCAAACUAUUAUCGGCCUUUUACUUGGCACGGGUCUCCUCCUAGAAUUAAAACGACGUCUAUAGUCCUUCUAAUUCUAGGAACACCACGCUGGCAAAGUGCGGAUUAGCGAACUUCACACGCUUCUGAGAACAUAUUGGAGAACUCUCAGACAUAUCUUAGAAAAGUGACAAGUGCGUGCCAAUAAUUUUAACAGACUGAAAACAGACAGAAGUGUUAAGAGCUGAAAUUUAUAUCCCAUUUGAAGCGUCAAAUUUGGCAUACGUCUAUCUCUGGAAUCUAAUAUUAUAGCGUUUUUAGUCAUUCAAAUUUUAGUAUCUUGGAUACAGCCUCACAAGUCAUAGCACCAAAAUAUCGUCAAUCACUAGGCAGGAGAAAACAAUCUUAUCCCCAGUUUAUAUCUACUAGCAAGGGAUAAAAUUUACAUGUCUGCCUGCCGUAGCACGGCAAAAGAGAAAAGGAGAAGUUUACUACAGUACGAUAGUACACAUGUUAUUUGGAUAUUAUAUCGGGACUGUACCCAUAUGCUUGGAGAGUAGAUAAAACGAUGGGAGAUGAAAAACAUUUUGUUCUUUCCCAGACAGACAGAAAAAGAACGGCUAGCAUGCUGGCUAGGCGCAAGAAAUAACAGAAACCAGUGCAUUUACUUCAAGUCAAAUUAUCCAAUAAAAUCCCAUUUUCCAUUGGCUGUCAAAGUUAAUUCACAAGUAAAGUUACCAACUUAACUCUUAUAUAAAAAUACUUUGUAAAAAUAUAAAUUAAGGUUCGGGUUUAAAUAUUCGGUUACUGUUACUUAGAUUGCUCAAAUAAUUUGACAUAAUCAGUAUUAUUAUAACUCGCAUUACAUGGUGUCAGUAAUACACUUUUAAAUAUUGCAUUUUAAAUUUAAUGCGAAAUUAAUAAUCAAUUUCGAGAGGGCAGAUUUAAUUUAAUAGUGCCUACCCAACCCUGACUUCAAGAGAAGAAAAAGGAUAGUUCUAACAAAUUUUAAGAAGUAAAGCUUUUUGUGACGGAGCUACGCCAUAUAACCGCCAAGUACCGCCAUACGUAUUCUUGCCGCAAAGCAGCGUUGCUGUCGCCAAGCAGCUUGGUUGUGUUCCGGUAUGAAGAGCGUGGUAAGCGGUGUAUGUACACUUAUGGACAAAGGCAUCUGUCAUCUGAGGUUUUUGGAUUUGAUUGAUUAUUAAUUUCUGGCGAAAGCCAACAUGUUCGUCUCGGUGUCCAGUAUGUAAGUUACAAUACUGGGAAACAGUAUUGUCAGUAGAUGGCGCUCGUUCGAUUCCAUACAAAUGAUAGUCAACUUUCACGAUCUCACACCAGCAGUGGCGCGCAUAGAGGGUAUGCACAGGGUAUGCAGAUGCUAUAGAAUGAAGAAAAUCUCUAAUACGAGUUAUAAGAAACUUAAAGAUAGGCAUUAUAAGAGCUUUAAAAAGCCUACCCUUGGGUAUGCAGAUAUAUACCGGGUAUAUAUCUGCAUACCCGGUGCAUACCCUCUAUGAACGCCACUGCACACCAGGCGUUCAUGGCAGAACCCGUCUAAAGCGUCUUUAAAAAUUACACCAAUCUAAUUUGUCAUGUUUAAGAAUGUGUAGCAAAGUAAUUUGAAAGUUUAUUACUGAUACGAAAUAAUUUAAAACAAAUAUAUUUUAUUAAAUCUCGUUUAAAGCUAACUUGAAUAAGAUUAAAUUAUAAAAGUAUUAGAUAAAACUAACGGCCAAAAUGAAUAAAGCCCUGAUAAUAAUUUAAACGUUAGAAUUUUUACGAUUUUGAAUUUUUUGAGAAUUGGCUGCGUUUUGUAUGAGACUCUAACACGCAUUAAGUACGCGAAUAUAACUUUUGAAAUAAGAAUUUGAAAAAAUUAAAUGUACCGAGAUAAUGGUGGAGUGAUGGUGAAUACAUAAGACCAGAACGUUGGUCAAUUUAUAAAUAUGAAAUCAGAAUAAUAUAACCUAAUUUGAUUAAUAAGUAGGAUAUAUUUUUAAUAAGAGAGAAAUGGCCUGAUGCACUAACAAUCAAUCAAGAUACAAACCUUUACAACAAAUCAAAAUGCAAUGUUGUUAUGAAAAACCUCAACCUUAUUUCUCUUGUUGAUGGCCAAAAUAAUGGAAUUUUUUCUAAAGGAUACAUAGGUACCGUAAUAAUCCUAACUAAUAUUAUAAAUACGAAAUGUUAUUGUUUGUUUGUUAUUCCUUUACGCCCUAACUAAGCCACCAAUCAACUUGAUUUUUGGCAGUUGAAAGGUCGAAGAGUAGUCUCUAUAAAAGGAAAACAAACGAAGAGAACCGGUGAAAACCAAAUGGGGUUUUGAAAAAAAACCGUGAUAAACGCGGACGAAGACUGCGUGCUAGUAAUUUUAAUAAUCCAAAAAAAAGUUGAAAUGUUGAAAGUUAAAUUCUGUUUCGCAGAUCGUGAUAAAUAUGAUUUGAGUGUCGAUAGGUUUUUUUUUGCUUACAUUAAUUGACAAUGGCGCUAAAUUAUCCACCAUGAUAUUUGACAUAUAACUUACUUAACAUUAAAUAUAUCGCUCGUCGAUAAUAAUUGAUUAAUAACAGUCUUUGAUCUUAGUGUUGUCAUUCGUCGAAAAUGCCCAUGUUUUGAAGCUUAUUUUGAUUUUGCAAGUUAAAAAACAAACCAAUUUUUUCGAUGUAACUUUGUAUGGGACUAUAGGUACAUGUUUUAUGGGACAUAUCUAUUACAUUAUUGAUUGGAGGUUACAAGGCUUGAAAUCCAGUCAAUUUAUCAGAACGGUUAGGGUAAAAUUUGAAAUUAUUUUAGUAGUAGCUAUAAUUUCAAAAAUCCGCUGUAUUCUAUUUAUAAUUGAAAACAGCAUAAGGAAAUGAAAUUCAUUAUUUGUUUUGUGUGUAAUCGUUGUCUGCGUUGUUUGAUCUCAAGGUUAGCAGCGCGGCAAGAUACGAGCGAGCGUGUAUUAUUUUCCUAUUUUCUUUAACCCCUUGUAUACGUGAAACAAGCCGAAUAAAUACCGGUCUUACACACGUUCAGAAAUAAAUUUGCUUGAAAUUAGGGAAGCCUUUUAACCACAUUACAAAUUAUAUAUAUAUAUUAAAAAAUAUUAAAAAAUUAAAAAAUAUCUAUUCUAAGCCGGUUUCAAGACCUAAAAAGGGAACCUAAACAACGUAAACCAUGAAAAUUAUACCACCGUCUCUUCAUAAUAAAUUAAUAAUCUAACUAUUUAUCACGCUAUACAGGUAGCGCGUCAAGUUAUGAAUGAUGGACACUAGCUUUAAGUGUCUGGAAAUAUCUGCCAAAAUCCUAUCAGCCAAGCGCCAAACAAUGUAUUUACCCUCAGAUCAAAUAAAAUACUAUUGAACUGUUUAAGGUGUAUGCUGCUAAUAAUAUUGUUUGGUAGAGUAUUGUAAGAAACAAAAAUGAUAAUCAACGUUUUAGGUACACUGUAUAUACAAUACAUUUUAUGCUGUUCAAUGUAAAUACCAAAUAAAUAACCUAUGUCGCAAUAUUUAGUUUUUUUAGGGACCUUUUUAGGUAACCUACCUGACAUCCCAUCGUUACACACUUUAUUGAACUUAAGUACAAUUAACUUAAGGUAAAUCAUAUUUAUAUAUUGAUCUUUAACUAAACUUGAAAUUUAUUGCGUUUCAAAGACUUAUAAGUAGAUGUUUUAAAUGUCAUACAAUAAAAGUAAUGAUAUUUAAGUAAGACAAUACAAACAAAUGCAACUUAAUCUUUAAAAUGGCCUCAAAAGUACAAGUGAAGGUAAAAAAAUGAAAGAUUGCGUUCAAUCAAUAUUUCGAUGAAAUUAUUGAAUGUUUGUAACAAAAAAAAACUGUUUGCUAAACUUUAAACUGUCAGCUGUCGUGUUUACAAGUACAAUAUAGGAUUAAAUAAAUAAAGUAAUAAUAAUAAUUUACGAGCAAAAUGUUUAGAAGCCUAUGAAAACAAUAUAUAAGUAAGAAAGUAGAAUAAUAUCAUUAUUUAAUUUUAAAAUAUGAAAAUGUAAAUUGAUUGAUCGAAAUUAUUCUGCCAGACUUUUACUUUACAAUUUCUGCCAUUUUUUUUAUAUAAUCUGUGAAAAGUUCAGUUGAGUUUAAUUUUUGAGAAACAGGUAAUAUGAGAAAUAAGCACCAAUAUAAAUCUACCUUUAUCCCACACAAAUUAGAACUUUCUGACUGUAAUAAGUGUUUGUUUCUUUGUAACUUGGUGGAUAUAACUAUAUUAUAUUCAAUAACUAUGUUAUAUCCACCAAGUUGGUAAGUAGAAUACCUAAUCGUCGUUCUACUUUAUUCAAUAACGUAUAAAUGUAAAUAUAUUUAAAAUGAAGUGUUCAUUUACUUCUUAAAUGUAAGCUGUUUGAAUCUCAGAUGUUUUUCCUGACCAGUUGAAAGAGGUAAAAAGUUAGAAGUUGUUAGUAAGUUAUUUUAUAUUAUUUUUAUAAGCUUUUCAGACUAAAAAUUUUCGCGAUAAUAAAAGAGUGUCGUAACUAAAUACGUAAACUUCUGAUGUAGCUAAAUGAUAAUAAAUAAAUAAGUAUAAACCUAAAAACAAGUCAGCUUAAGCUGCGCAAGAGUUAAUUAACUCAAUUGAAAAUAAUUACUGAUAAAAUAUUGUUUCGAUAUGUAUAUACUUCGAUACUAAUUUGUUUAUGAGUGGCUAUAAAAAUAUCAUUAAUAUUCAUUUCAUUUAUGAAGUUUAGCUAUGUAAUAUUAUUUUGAACAAUUUACUUAAAGACAUGUAUUUUAAGAGCUAAACUAUGUUUGGCAAAUAAGCUUAAGAGUUUAAGGCAUUUACAGAGACGUAAACGGCAUUAAAUAUCUCGGAAAUUAGGAUUUUAAGUUCCUUUUAAAAUAAAUGUAUCAUUUAUUAUCGCAAUAUGUAUAAAUAUUGUAUAUUAUUAUGUAAUUAAUUCCUAGUUAUGCUGUGAGUGUCUCGACUCUCGAGUAUUAGAAGUAAUCCGUCGGGGCAUUGUGUAUAUUUUUUUUUAUAUUUCUAAUGUCUAUAGGCAUUUUAGGCCAUCUUUUAUUGUAUCCGUAAUUAUUAUAUUAAAAAAAAAUUAUAGCAACAUAAAUAUUACUAUAUAUUUUCUAUAAUAAUAUUUGAAAAGUAUAUGAAAAUAUGUAUGAAAAAAAAAAGAUGUUUAUCGUUUCCGGCGGGUUCUUUUUGUCGAUUUUAGUGGCAAAAGUAUUUUGUGUCUAUAUUUUAUCUGUGAUGUCUAUUUUAGAGACGAUGGUUGUAUUUGUUUUCGGAGAAAGGUUACUUGUUAAUCGAAUGUUUAAACUGGUCUUUUUGUAAAAUAAAAAGAUAUUGACUUGAG